AUAAAAUUAGAUGAUAUGUACGAAUAUAAUCCAGAGCUUUGCGCUGCAAUCUAUGGAAACGUUAAAAGAUAUCAGUUAUUAUUUGAAGAAGUUAUCGAUGAUUUUAUUACUGAAUAUCUCGGCGAUGAUCCAAUGCCAGUUUGUGAUGCAUUGGAUGCUUUCAUAUUUCAACGUCUUUAUAUGGAUCGAGUAAGGAAGGAGCAAGAAGAAAAGCGAAAAAUUUCAGUGAAAGAACUACGCAAAAAUUAUCCUCCACAGUUGAUGCGUCGAUUCGAAAUCAUAUUUCAAGCUCGUGGCAUGGAUAAAACUUUAUCUGUGCGUGAUGUAAAAUCGAUGCAUGUUGGAAAGUUGGUUACUGUUAGUGGUGUAGUUAUACGAUCUACCGAAGUAAAACCAAUGGCAUCAGUUAUAACAUAUACAUGUGAUACUUGUGCAUGUGAAACUUAUCAACCGGUGAUUGGGCCAUCUUUUAUUCCUGUCGCUAUGUGUCCAUCUCAAGACUGUAUCCAAUCGAAAGCAAAUGGUCGUCUUCAAAUGCAGAUUCGUGGUUCAAAAUUUAUCAAAUUCCAGGAAUUGAGGAUCCAGGAGAUUAAUGAACAAGUACCUGUUGGAAACGUUCCUCGUUCAGUUAUUGUUCACAUACUUGGUGAAGUAACGCGCCAUUGUGUUCCAGGAGAUCAUGUUCGUAUUACCGGUGUUUUUAUUCCUCUCUUGCGCCCUGGAUUUAAACAACACACUGGGGGCUUAAUUACUGAUAUCUAUUUGGAAGCCCAUACAAUUCAAAACGUCAACAUGGAAAUCGAACUGGCAGCCCAAGAUAACUUUUACGAACUAAUGGCUCGUAGCAUUGCACCAGAAAUUUAUGGUUAUUUAGAUAUUAAAAAAUCAUUAUUAUUGGCUCUUGUGGGUGGAAUCGAUAGAACUGUGAGUAGCAUGAAAGUCAGAGGAUGUAUUAAUAUUCUACUCAUGGGAGAUCCAGGUGUAGCGAAAUCACAAUUACUGUCUUAUGUUGAUCGAUUGGCUUUUCGCAGUCAGUAUACAACAGGUCGAGGAUCUUCGGGUGUAGGAUUAACGGCAGCUGUUAUGAAGGAUCCAGUAACGAAGGAAAUGGUGUUAGAAGGUGGUGCAUUGGUACUCGCUGAUCAAGGUGUUUGUUGUAUAGAUGAAUUUGAUAAAAUGCUAGAAGGUGAUCGUACAGCAAUUCAUGAGGUCAUGGAGCAACAGACUAUUUCAAUUGCAAAAGCUGGGAUUAUGACCACUUUAAAUGCUAGAGUAUCAAUAAUUGCUGCUGCGAAUCCUGCUUAUGGGAGAUACAAUCCUAAAAAAUCAAUAGAGCAAAAUGUGGAUUUACCCGCUGCACUACUUUCACGUUUUGAUCUCAUUUGGUUGAUACAGGAUAAGCCAAAUCGUGACAAUGAUUUGCGACUAGCCGAACAUAUAACUUUUGUGCAUAUGAAGGGCCGUGAACCAGAGGAAGCAGAAUUCAAACCACUUGAUAUGCGCUUAAUGAGACGCUAUAUUGCUAGUUGCAAACGGAGAAACCCACUUCUAGAACCAAAAUUAAAGGAAAGAUUGGUGGAAAAAUACAUUGAAAUCAGGAGGGAAGCACGUGUGAAUAAGGAUUCGAUGUUCACUUCACCUCGCAGUUUGCUGGCUGUGAUUCGUAUGGCUACAGCUCUCGCUCGUUUAAGGCUUUCACAGAUUGUUCAUUUAUCUGAUGUUGAGGAAGCAAUCCGACUCUUUGAGGCAUGUAAAUCAUCGCUUCGUACUGAAAAGCAGCAACAGUUGGAACAAAUUUUACCAAUAGACAAAGCUUUCGGAAUUAUGCGUGAACUCUAUUUUAGAAAAAUUGAAGGAAAGGAUCCGACUCCUAUUAGAUUAUAUGAUGUUAUAACUGAAUGUUCGAAGAAAGGAAUUGAUGAAGAAAUGACUCGUGCUUGCAUUGAAACAUAUAAAGCAAGUGGAGUUAUUGUGGUCGACCCAGUUGAAGGACUUCUUUUCAGCAUGAGUUAA